CCUCUUAAAAGAACCAUCGUCGGUGUGGCCACUCAGGCAGGAUGUGCAGCCGCUGGAACGGCUGCAGGAGGACUUACCAUGGGACCCCUUGGAGCACUGAUUGGCGGUAUCAUGGGAGCUCUCUAUGGUUACAACUGCAGUAGCGACUAUGAUGUGAGUGUUAUGUCAUGUUAA